UCACCCGGGAAAAACAGGGUGGUGUUGGAGAGUGUCCAGAGUGGUCUGGAGUCAGGAGGGGACUAUGUGAAGUUCUCAAAGGAGAAGUACAUAUUGGAUUCUUCUCCGGAAAAACUUCACAAAGAACUGGAGGAGGAGCUCAAACUGAGUAGCACUGACCUCCGAAGCCAUGCCUGGUACCAUGGCCGCAUUCCCCGAGAGGUCUCAGAGAGCUUGGUUCAACGGAAUGGUGACUUCCUCAUCCGUGACUCACUAACUAGCCUUGGUGACUAUGUCCUCACCUGUCGCUGGCACAACCAGCCCCUGCACUUCAAGGUCAACAAGGUUAUGGUGAAGGCCAGUGAGAACUAUACCCAUAUCCAAUACCUCUUUGAACAAGAGAGCUUUGACCAUGUACCUGCAUUGGUCCGCUAUUACGUAGGAAGCCGCAAGGCUGUGUCCGAGCAGAGUGGAGCCAUUAUUUACUGUCCCAUCAACCGUACCUUCCCCCUGCGUUACCUGGAGGCCAGUUAUGGGCUUGGUCACAGCAAAUCUGGGGGCCCCGCCAGCCCCUCCAGCCAGAAGGGAGGCCACAUGAAGAGGAGGAGUGUCACCAUGACCGAUGGGCUGACAGCAGACAAGAUAACCAGGGGCGAGGGCUGCCCCACCAGUGUGUCUCUGCCUCCUCACCGUGAUACCAUCCGCAACUGUGCCCUCAGCAUGGACCAGAUCCCAGACCUGCACUCCCCCAUGUCUCCCAUCUCUGAGAGCCCUGGAUCACCAGCCUAUAGCACUG